AUGAAGUCCGCUAAGCUGCUCUUCAGCACGCUCAGCAUCUCGGGGAACCGCGAGAUGGUCGGCUUCUCCGAGGACUUCGACUCCGUGGUCAUCGACGAGGCCUCGCAGGGGGUGGAGCUUUCCACGCUGGUGCCACUGAAGUUGGGCUGCAGGCGCUUGAUCCUGGUGGGCGACCCCGAACAGCUGCCGGCCACCUGUUUCUCGGAGAUCGCGAAGCUUCACAACUACGACCGGAGUCUCUUCCAGCGGCUCCAGCAGACGCAGUACAAGGUGAACAUGCUGAACACCCAGUACCGCAUGCACCCGGCCAUCAGCGCCUUCCCCUCUGCGAACUUCUACAACGGCAACUUGCUGGACUUCCUAGAUGCAGAGGCCUACGAGAAGCAGUUCCCCACGGCCUGGUCCAAGAUCCCGGCGCUGGGCCCAGUGGCCUUCUUCAACCUCAAGGGCACCAUGGAAGUGGAGGCAAAGUCCUUCGUCAACGUGGAGGAGGCCGACUUCAUCAUUAACUUCUACAGGUGUCUGACGCGGCUGUACCGCGGCCAGGAGACUGGCAAAAGAAGUUCGCGGUGA